AAAGUCAGUUGUACCAAAAUGCUUUAUAAAUGCUUUCCCCCCCCAAAAUAACUAUGUUUCAUAAAUCUUCUCUUAUGAGGGAAGUGAUGAGACAAACCAUAAUUACCGAGAAAACACACACACACACACACACACACACAUACACACAACACAACACACACACAACAUAAGACCUGUCACGCCACUCUAUGUAAAGCAUAUAAUGAACUCAUUAGUCUCAGUCACGACCUAACGGCAGGCUGUGCAGUGUUAAGCUGUCGCUUUAAGGCCGAUUUCCCCCCAUUGUCAAACAGUCGUGAGCAGGAAGAGGGAAACGAAAGCAGAGACCGAGGGGGGCCAGACGUAUUUAAACACGAUACUGCUGCUGCACAAUAACGAUGCCCGCGGCUUCAUGCAGAGGAGCGCGUCUGCCGCAGCCCGCUCACUUAAAAAAGACGCACGGACACGGAGAGAGUGACCUUUUGAUUGGAUUGAUGGUGUUAUAAAGCACGGACAGUCCUUAAAGUCGCCGCAGGGAGCCAGUGGAUGAGGUCCUCCAGAUGCCUCCGUCUCUGUUGACAUGCGGUGGGUGCCAGCAGAGCAUCGGUGACCGCUUCUUCCUAAAGGCCAUAGAGCAGUACUGGCAUGAGGACUGCCUGAGCUGCGACCUAUGUGGCUGUCGGCUGGGGGAGGUUGGCCGCCGGCUCUACUACAAGCUGGGGAGAAAAUUAUGCCGGAGAGACUACCUCAGGCUUUUUGGUCAGGACGGUCUCUGUGCUUCCUGUGAGAAGAGGAUCCGAGCAUUUGAGAUGACCAUGCGUGUGCGGGACAAAGUCUACCAUCUGGAGUGCUUCAAGUGCGCUGCCUGCCAGAAGCACUUCUGCGUCGGUGACCGCUACCUGCUCAUCAACUCAGACAUUGUGUGCGAGCAGGACAUCUAUGAGUGGACCAAACUCAACAAUAACAAUAUGGUUUAGAAAAACCUGCUCAGUGUGAUGGAGCGUCAUCCUGCCUUUUCCCACUUUGGCUUUAAAGGGAAUAAAAUCUUGAUAAACAGACUUUUUUUAUAGCCUUGUGCAGGCUUUAUCAUGCAUCUCUCAUUCGUAUGGAAACGUUUGAACACAAAAGGGGUGGCUACAUCUCUGAAUUUCUCUGCUGGAGACUAACGAACACUGCACCAGCAAUGACAGAAAGCAUUUCAUCUAGGGCUUCAUCCUUAAAUGCAAAAACUCUGAAUAUACGUAAACAUGCAAUAAUGGUCAUUUGUUAUACACACUGGAGUUUUAGAAUUUUAGCAAUGAACAAAUAACGAACAAAAACAAAAUUUUUGUCAAGUUUCUUGAAGUCAAACACUGUUGCAUCACCUCAGUCCCACCUGAAAUGUAUAAUAAGAUUUUCUGAAACUUUCCCUUUUACAGUUCUGUAAUUUCCUCAUAAUAUCUUCAUAGUUUCUUGUAAAUAACUAUGUUUGGGACUAAUUAUAGGGAAAAUAGAAAGAACUGCUCCAUUUAGUAAAUAUCUAUCAAUUAAACCAUUUAUUACUUUAAAAUGCAUUCUCCAUAUAUGAUGAAUUGUGUUCUUGCCUGUUGACAAAUUUUUUUACAUGUUCAGCUGACCUGCAGUUUUCUGACCGAAAGCUGUCUGGGUUACGCAAACAAUUAAAUGGAAUUAAUUAAUUGUACCAACUGAACAGUGUAUUUUCCCCAUGAUUAGCACAUAACUAUGUAGUUUAUGAAGUGUAGGAAACUAUUAAGAAUUUUAUUUGGAAAUUACAGACCUGUAAAAUAAAGAGUUUCCAGAUGUUCAUGUAUUAAAUAGAACAAAAUGUUCAUUUUGUAAAGUCCUUAUCAGAAUGAUUGCACUGUGUUGCCAGGUUGAACUGGUGGCGCCCUCUAGUGAUCGAGGGAAACCAUGCAAUACUAAUUUUACUGACUUGGAAGAUGCUUUUAAUGUAUCUUUUGUAAUUUUAACAACUCUCUUGACAUGCACCCAAGACUUUUUGGAUAUCUGCUUGUCAAUUUAUUAAAUAAAUUACAGUUUAGAGAAACAUUCAUGAUCUUUG